CGUGCGCGCAGAUCCGGCUCUCGGAAGCCACUCGGUGAAAUCAUUCACGCUGACCGUGUUCCGGACGACUCGUCAUUGGUGAACUCCAGGCAAAAUAUGUCGAUCACGCCAUGCAGCUGCGCGUUCGUUCUCCCGUCCUUCUGUGACACGUCCGUUCGCCGUUGCGGCGAAACACUCGCCGCGUAUCUAGACUGUUGAAUUGCGCGCGGCGUUGCGAUAUUGCGACGUGUCACUGCCGGCGUCCGAGUGCCCCCGCGAAAACAGCGGGAGAACGGCGUAAUUUUACGUCACGACCCCUAGUGGUCGCCCGUUUGCCCACCCGAUCAGACUAACCGGUCGUGACGCACGAAACCGAAGUUUCCGACUAUGCCACGCAGGUGCCCGCAUCUAGUCGCCACGUGCAGACGAGCGAGGGAUGGCCGGAGUGAUGGAGCGACGCAGUAGUCGGUCCAAGCUGGUUCGGCAGGCCGCGGAGAUAGCCGACGAUGACCACGAGGCGAUGGAGGGAAGCAGCGCUGCAGCAGCCGCCUCUGCCGCCGCCACCGCCGACGACGAAGCCCUCGACGACGCCCUCGACGACGCCCUCGACGACGGCGGAGUGCCGCAGAUAGUCAUCGAUACGGAGUCACCCGGUGAUCUACAGAAGAAUCUUGUAGCAGUGCUAUCCAGUGAAGAGGACUUUCCUGCACUGUCAGAUAAUAAGAAUAAAACCAAGGCCCCAAGUACCAUGGAGAAGGAGAGCCAACGAUCUCACCCGUCCGAUCCCAACCAGGAGUCUAGUCAGAAGAAAGUAACAAUGACUGAGCAGCAGGACUCGCUGGACAUUCCCGAUAAAAUAGAGAAGAAGAAAGCGAAACAUCCUCGAUUAUCGAAGACCGGCUCACAGGGUUCACAGAAGAGCACGGAUUCCAUACCGUCCCCGCACUUAUCACGAGACUCGAGUACAGAGACGUACACGGACUCAGCCGGCGUAGAUCUCGAGGAGUUCUUUAUGAUGACACUUCACAGGAACCUCAGCGAUCGCCGCAUGCUCAUCAAGCUGGAGGAACAAAUGAGUGGCCUCGUAAAGGACAGCAAACGUCACAUGAUGAAAUUCAACCCGAUGAGCUCCUAUCACCGCAUGCUUGUGCAUCGCGUCGCAGCCUUCUUCGGUCUGGAGCACAACAUCGACUCUACGGGCAGCUGUGUGAUCGUCAACAAGUCGAAGAACACGCGAAUGCCCGAAAUCAAGUUCAUGCAGUUGAUUCGCGAGGAUGCGUCGCUUGACGAACCGAAACGACUGCUCAAGCGUGAUAACUCCAGCUUUGAGGAGCCGCGCGGGAUGAGCACGCCUCAGCGGCAAUCAUCGACGGAAAGCAUGCGACGCACAAAGUCCUUUGAAGAGCGUGAAGAGGCAUACGAGAAGACAAAGGCGCGCAUCUACAAUCACCAGGACAGCCUUUCUUCGCAAGAUGGUCACCCAGAAAGCUCAACAAGGAGCUGCUACACGGGCUCGACACGCAGCAGCGUGGAGAACCUCCGCUGGGCGCAGGAGCCGCGUCCAUGGAGCAGCACCGACUCGGAGCCGAGCAUGUGCCGUGGCCAGCAGCUGAAGCCAGCCGUGACGAAGGCGAGCAGCUUCGGCGGCGUCUCCAUCCUGACGCGCGGCGACAGCAGCUGCAGCGACCGCAGUGCCUAUAUGAGGGGAGAUUCGCUUGACAGCGAGAGAGUCGGCUCGUGCUCGGAGUUUGCACUUGUGCGGCAGCAGAGUCUUGAGGUGGUGACGAGCUCGCGUGGACCCUCCCCACAGCUCGGUCUCACCAACAGCAGCCCCCGCCCAGAGGUUAUACAGGAGAUAAGUGAGCCCUGCCAUUCGCCGCCACCCCCAGCGGUUGCCACGGCAACACCGCUGCAGGUAGGAGGACCAUUCCUACACCUAGCAACGCUGGCACAGCAGGGACUGUUUCUGUGGGCAGUCAGUGACAUAGAGUCGGUGCCUGAGGGUGCAAUACUCAUCAACCAGGAGACAGGUCAUCCGUACCUGAACCAGGACAACACAGUGUACAGACACGUACCGGGCCUCCUGCCACCAGGGUGCGUACCUAGUCAGCAGGUGCUACCACCUGGCGAAGCUACAGCGUAUCCUGCGCACCAGCCGGGAUCGCAGGACCGUGGGCAGGAUGUGGGUGGGUCCCCUCCUGUACAGGAGAGUCAAGUUCUCUGGAGGCAGUGCUCUAAUGAAUCGAGCGGGAGUGAUGUAACGACACAGCUGUCACAGAUGCAUGUGACGCCACCGUCACAAUUCAAGGUUCCAUCAGGUGAAGUUAACCCACAGCAGACAACUGUACAGCAGCAAGCUGCCACGCCGACCUUGACUAAUCAUUCCCAGUUCUAUCCGCAUCAUCAUCAUCAGCAGCAGCAGCAGCCACAACACCAACAACCACAUGUGCGUUUUAUUUUAUUGCCUGCUGCUCAGUAUGGCUCCCGUCAAAAGCCAACUAUGAUGGUUCUGCAGGUGCCAGCUGGCCAGCAGUGCCACCUGAUGGCUAAUGGGGAGCAUCCGGGUGCUGGUCCUGCUCAGCAUUUUAACGUUUUAUACUGGUCUCACUUGACUGACGACCUAGCGACAAUCAAGGUGCCGCAAUACUUAUCACUCUCACACGAACCGCACGAUUUCCUCAAGUCGACAGCUACAUCUCUGAAGGUGACCCUUGUGUUUCACUUUAGCUACCAAGCGCCAUACAGUCCACAUCAAGCUGGUCAGCAGACUCCUCCCUCGCCAUCUGUUCUCACUGAGCAAGCGCAUGCGCAGCAGCAGUUUCUCAGCCAUGGAUACAAUGCAGUUGCGUAUCAAAUGCCAGGGCAGCCAUAUGAACAUGCUCAGACAAGUUACCCGCAGGUUCAGUACGGCCCGCAGGGGUGCAGUCCCGCCCAGCCCGGUGGCGCCUCCUACAUGGGUGCAGCGGCGGGUGGGCCGGUCUACUACAGUGUGGCUGCGUCGGGGACGGGCGCGGUGCAGGCGGCCCCGAUGGCGGGCGGUGCGGCAGUGCGCGUCGCCUUCCCCGCACACAUGCAGAUGCAGAUACCAGGCAACGGCGCAGGUAUAGAUGCAGGUGUGGAGCAGGUGUACAGGCAGGUGAUGAGCCACUUGCUAGGCAGGUGUAGGACGGGUAUUGAGGCAGCUAUAGCGGAAAGUAUAGAAACAGUGUGGAGCGGUAGUCCCGUGUCCAUGCAGCAGCAGCAGCAGCAGCAGCAGCAGCAGGCAGUCUUUCCCGUACACGGUCAGUCAGCGACGGCUCCCGUCGUGGUGCGCUUCGCUCAUCCGGCACACUACACGCCGACAGCAGAUUUUGUGAUCCGGCAGCCGACAGCGGCGGCAGCGGGCUUGCAGCAGAUGCCGUGGAGCAGGAUGCAGCCUCAUGCUGCGGCAGCGAGACCUAGACCAAAGAUGCUGCAGAAACCACCGAGUCGGCCGGACAGCUACACAGAGGCAGCGGACAUCAGUGACG